CCUUGUGUUUACAAAGACAUCGAUGACUGCAAAUAUCGAUUUCUUACGUCUGUAUUUUUUUAUUCUCAGUGGCCGAUUACUAAGGUCUGUUAUCAAAAUGGCGGCAACCGCGGCAACGAAUCCUUCGCAGCUUUUACCUCUCGAGCUGGUGGAUAAAUGCAUCGGUUCACGGAUUCACAUCGUCAUGAAGAACGAUAAAGAGAUUGUGGGAACUCUGCUUGGAUUUGAUGACUUUGUCAACAUGGUUCUUGAGGAUGUGACAGAGUUUGAAAUCACUCCAGAAGGAAGAAGAAUCACAAAGCUGGAUCAGAUUCUACUCAAUGGCAAUAACAUCACAAUGUUGAUUCCAGGAGGAGAAGGACCAGAAGUUUGAGAAAUAUGUAGCACCUUCCAAAUAAAUAUAGAUUUAUGUUCCUGUUUCAUGAAAGAAACCUGAAAGUUGAUCACUUAUUGUUUUCAAACAUUCAUUUUCAUUUUAUAAGAGUUUUUCCACAUUAGUUAUUUCUAUUCUUUAAGUGAUCCAAAAAGUUUUUGUAAAAAAUUGUUGCUUGUGACAAUAAAACGGAUCAAAUGAAUUGGGCUGAGUUGGAAUUCAGUUGUAUGUUAUAAUUCCUGAAGUGUGAAUGAAGAAAAUGAGGACAAUAUGUGAAGUCAUCAUUUAUGGUUUUAAUGUGGUUCUUUGCAUUAAGAAUGCGUCACAUUUGUGAAUUUGUGCAUUUUCCUGAUUUAUUUUGUAUAUGUUGAAAUAAAUGUCCAUGUAGAUUUACAUGAACUCAUAAUUUGUACCACAACACACUGUAGGUUUAUGACUGAUUUAACAAGUUUACUAACAAACUAUUUUAAAGAUGUAUCCAUAGAGUGUCAGAAAUCAUGUGAAGAAAUGAAAAAAUUCUGAAAACCGGUCUAACUGUAGAACUGCACUGGUCCCAGUAAGCAUCUGUCUCAGUACAUGGAGGGCUUCUCUUCUCCUUUAGGAUUUGUCACUUUCUCCAGGUUCUUGCUGAUGACAUCAUAGAGUUCAGC